AUGGGCCUGGCCAGUCGCCUUUUUAAGGUGUCCAUCGCUGGCACCGUUGCCUCCGUCGGAGUCUUCUUCGGUGCCACGCGCAAUGACGUCUUCGAGCCCAUGGACACCACCGAUCCCAUUUUCUCCUCGCCUUUCUUCAAAAAAUACAACCCCAACCGCAACCCGACGCUACACGACAACUGCGUCCGUCGCGUCCCGCUCGAUCAGAUCCAGCCCUCGCUGCUGGAGAACAAAGGCAAGCUUGUUGAAGCCUUCUGUGCCGGCGUCUGGGGUGGCAUGGGCUAUAUCCCUCAGCGCGCCUACCUCGCCCGCAAGUACCGGGGCCCCGAGACCGCCAACCAGCUCUGGGAUCGCAAGGACCUCCUCGACAACAGCUACGAGGUGGGCACCAUCAUCACCGACCACUUCCAGGUCCUCGAGAAGACCGAAGACCGCAUCGUUGUGCGCUGUGGAGACUCUCCUCGAAUCACCGAAGUUCGACCCUCCGACGGCCUGUUCGAGAUGGGUGCCGUGAUCAAGCAGGAGGAGGGCGUGGCCGAGUUCACUCUGAAGAGCUGCUUCUACCAGGGUCUGGGCAAGUCAGACUCGGACUCGGGUCCUAUGCCUGCACACAUUGAGUGGUUGCACCGGCAAUACACCAAGUUGUUGAUGGAGACGGCCGUGCUGAAGAAGUGCGUGAAAUAA